CGUCCUUACUUUCACUUUUAUUUCUCAAGUAAACGACGCCAGGCACUAAGUCAAAGAAAUUACUCUUGAGGAAAAAGGAAUCCUCUAUUGUUAAGGUGUUGAUAUCGAUACAAAUGGGCGAAGAAGAAAAAACACAUUACAUAAUCAUCUUUAAAAACGACAGUUUAACCGAAUUUCUUCUCACGAGCUGUUGUUAGUUACACUUCCUGUGUGCUCGAGCUACGUACACAAACGCUGGACAGGACAACGACUUUCACGUCCUUGUUGUUUAUAAUAAUGAGGAAGAAUCAGUGUUAAUAGGUGGCACCCCGGAAGGAUGGCAGAGGAAGGCCGCACGGUGUGCGUUAACGGUUUGCCAACAGACGUGGACCAUGAAUGUCUCCGGGACAAACUUCUGAUUCACUUCCUACGCCAGAAGAACGGAGGAGGAGAGGUCAUGUCAGUCACUAUCAUCGGUCGGACACCUCUGCGUGCCCUCGUCACAUUUGAGGAGAGCAGAGUGGUCCAGAGCGUACUUCGUCAUCAUCCUCACAUUGUACAGCUGGGUGCCAUAAAAUAUGAACUCUCCCUGAGUCUCCCAAGACAAGAGUCUAUGAGUCUAAAUAAGGUGAUCCUCGAUAUGACUGUGACUGUGGAUUGCAGUCAGCUUCCUCUGGGUGUGGAGACUCUGAAUAUCCUGCGCAGUGAGUUUCCAGGUCUACGUACACAACGUGGCUUAUUACAAGACACGUGCACCCUGCAAGGCUGCUACUCUGAUUUUCAAGGCGCCUUUCCUUAUAUGCAAACGUUAGUUAAUCAUCACCUUUCAAAAGCCGGAUAUCCUAAUUUUAGUCGAGACAGAGGUCAAAAUCUUGAGAAGAGGGAAGACCUGGCAAGUGUAAAGAAAUGGGCCAGCUUCACAUCGCAGUCACCUGGAGAUGUCAGCUCUAUAUCCAUGGCAGGUUUAGGACACUUCGGACUGCAAGAUAACAAUGAAGCUCUCACUGAACACAGUACUCGGACUAAGAAAAGCAAAGUAGAGGAGGGGGCAGAGUGCAGGAUAGAUGAAGCUAAUUUAGAAGAUCUUUCAGUCAUCAUGGAAGCUGAUGCGUUCGCUUACCUGGAGAACCUUAAAGAGUACAAGCAGAUACUGUGUCUUCAUGGAGUGCAAGUGGUUCAUGUUACAUCCGAGGGGGUCACCACCCUGUACCUACAGUCAGAGGUCCCGACCAGGUCAGGGGUUAAACAGAUGCAUCAAGCUCAUAAGGAUCUGAGUCAGCUUUACCAACGGUUAGAGGGUUGUCUGAGAAAAGACCAGAUUCAAAAGAGUGCUCUUUACAUGCCAGACGGACUGACUUCAACAUUAAAAAAGGUGCAGUUAUUACUGCCUAAUGUUCUGCUUAGCUAUGACCAGGAUAGCAUUUAUAUAGUUGGGGAGAAAAGUGAGGUAUCUCAGGCCAAACAAAUGCUACUGCUUGGGAGAGAGGAAGACGUGAUGCAGAACUUGACAGAAAUGCCACCAUCCUCUUCCAGUUCUCUAUCAGCAUCCCUUGAAUCCUUGGAGAGAGAGCAACAGGUUAAGAGAAAAAGUCAAGUACAUACUCCAGUGCCCCCUAAACUGAUCGGCUCUAGCACUGAUAGAAAAGGGGAGGUUGGGAAUACAAAAGAAUACAAACUAGCGGCACGGUUUAAGAGCUCUGGUCUAGGAGAGAUGGGUGGAGACAUAAGGAGUUUCACGGCUAAAAUGGACAUGUUAAUGUUAGACUCAACACCACCCUUUAGGUCUUCGCUUGGCACCGCAGGCGCACUCAGUAAUGAACUGACAGGGGAAGGAAUUGAAACCUUCAGGAUGACAAGUCCAAGCUGUAGAGGAGAGGAUGUCCUGUUUAAAAACCAAGACCCGUUAUCUGUGAAUACAUUUGGUGGAACCACCUUCAACGCAUCCAUAGCCAAACCAACUACUCCCGCUGGACUCGCUUCAACACUGACCACAGGAGUCAAAGUUUCAGUAAACACAAGUGUGAACGCCCUAUCAGCCAGGAAUGCUGAAGUGAAGACAGCUGCUCCCUCCUCAACAUCGCUGCCCAUUUCCAAAUCCCCCUUAAAAAGAGCCAAUAGUUUCUCAGGUCGGCCACAGCUAAAAGAUCAGGUGAAAAAUAGCCAGAUUACAGCUAAGCCAAUGAUUAGUGCAUAUGCCCAUCAAAGAGCAAGAUCCAAUAGCCUCAGUGGCGGUAAACCCAAUGAAGAUUGCCAGAUUCCUACAGUAGAAGCAGAACUUAGUGUGUCUUGUCUGAUGUGGGGCUACAUACAGGAGGUCUACUGCAACCAACUGGACUCCAUGAAAUCUGGCUUGCAAAUGACUGAGAAGCAAGCAGGCAAAAGUGAGAUGAGCAUAACACUGAAGGGCACAGAUUCAUCAAAGGUUGGAGAAAGUCAUCGGGAGCUUCAGAAUCUAGUGGCUUUGGUAGCCAGCGACUUUUGCAUUCAGGAGUUAAGUUUGACAGGGCUUGGCAGAGUUGAAAAAGAUAAACUGUUUGAAACCUGCUGCUUGAAUGUGCAGUCACGUUUUCCUAAAGUCACCUUGCACACCGUGAAGAACAGCAUUUACUUGAUUGGCCCAAAACUGCUCUGCUCACAAGCCAGGGAUAUAUUUAAGGAAGUAUAUUCUGGGCAGAAGUCUCCUUCCUUACCACAGAUGAAGACCAUGCAGGAGGGUAUAAAUCAGGGACCAGCAAAGUCUUCUUUGGGCAUAUGGUCAACAAAAGCUGAUCACUUCAAGUCUGAACAAAGUCUAAAUGAGUUUUCUUUUCAGGAUACAAGCCAAGUGGCUAACAGCAGUUGCAAAAGUGGAGGUCAAUCGAUCAAACCAAAAACGGCUAUAUUGGGAGGGUUGGAAAACCCUAGAUAUACUAAGGAUGUAUUAAGCAAGACAAAUUCUCUAAACCAAUUUGCUAAACCCAGAGAAGACACAAUGAGACAAAAAAAUUAUGGGCCAACUUCUUUAGCACUUGAAGCACACAAAAAACAAGACACCUCAAUGGCUUUAAAACUGACCGACUUGCUGUCACAUACCACUUCAGAGCAAUGCGUGUGUGGAGCAAAUAAUGCAUCUGUGAAACGGACUACUAGUGGUGUCAUCCAUUGUUCUGACAGCGUACAAAUGCAUAAAUACUGCCUAGUGUGUGGAAAAGCAGAGAUGAACACUCAGAAGAAGGGGCUAGGGGAUCCAUUUCAAAGUUGUAGCUCAAAAAAUACACAGCAGGAAUAUCAGACGAGAGAUCAGCAUUCAGGACAAGAGGACAGCAAAGUACAUAAAGGCAUCCAAGGCACCAUGACAUGUGUGGAGAUGACUUUUAGUCUUCCAGGCUAUAACAAAUACACAACGGCAAAGAUCACUUACUGCAUACCUGAUGGCAUACAAGGGGACAAGGAUCCUUAUCCUGGGUCACCAUUCGAGGGUGGUAAAUUUGUGGCUUAUCUGCCACUCGACCUAAAGGGACAGAGUUUAUUGCCAUGCCUGGAAAAGGCAUUUAAUCAAGGUCUAACAUUUACUGUAAGUUCAAGCAAGAAGGGUAUUGGUGAUGCAAAAGUAACCUGGGGCAGGAUCCCCCACAAGACCAGGGUGGAUGGAGGGAAGAGUGGCAAAGGAUAUCCAGACUCCACAUACUUUACUCGCUUGCGUGAGGCACUGGUGGCUCAUGGGAUUGAAGGAGUACCUGCAAUCAGUCAAGAUCAACUCAAAUCCUGACCUUGAGGAUAAUAAUACAAAUCAUUAAGACCACAAAUAAUUAGUAAAUUGUGUAUUACUUCUUUUUAUAUAUUACCUUCCUACAAAUGUAAAUCAAAUUGCAAUGUAAAUCAGGAUUUAAAUAAUACUGAUUGUAAAAGAUUACUUAAUUUUUUUAAUUUUUAUGCAGUAUUUUCUGUUAACAAGUAUUUGCUUUUUUGUAUUUUUAUACUCAUUUUAGAGUGCCUUUUGUCAUUCUAUCAUGUUUUUUUUUUAUCUUUAUCGAUGUUUAGUGUCAGAAAUGCUCAAUAUAAUGCUCUGUAUAUUCUGAAUCAGUGGAGUAUAAUUAAACAAUGAUCUUGUUUUUAAGGUUGUCUUUUUUUAGUCACUUGUGUAACUAAAUUCAGCCUUCAUCAGCCCAGCACAUCUCAGAUCUGUCUAAAUGUUUCAUUUACUCAGGCUUUUUUAUGUGUGGUAUGAAUAUUGAAUCAGUGCAUAAUUUUGUUGCAAAAUCUUAAGGAAGGUGCAUCAUAAUAUAUAAUAGAUUUUGAGUAAGCAGUAGGCAGCUCACUAGUUUCCUCAUGUGUCUGAAGGAAUCUGAGGAACAGGGUAUCGUCUACCUUUCUUUUGUGAAUCUGUCCUAAUAUAACAGAUGCUGGAGAUUCGCUCAGCUCUGAAGACUCUGUGGACCUUCUCCAGGAUGAACAGCUACUGCACGGCCUGCAUCAGACUACAGGGAUCAACAAGCGACAGGGUACAGCUGUCCUGGGUGAAAGACCUGCUCUCUGACUGCUACAGCUAUCGGGAAAUGUACAGAGACAGCUUACUAAUUUCACCCUCAAACAAAUCAUUAUGUCGAAUGUAGUGUCUUGCAGGACAAAAUCCAACUCGGCAACAGACAGACUGAAACCUUACAAAUACAGUAAAUGUUCAGCAUUUGUUUAAAACAAACUAUCAAUAUUGUGUCAUAACAUAUUGAACAUCAUCAGUUUGUACCCUCUGGGAUGUUAUUUUCCCUGCAUCUCUACUCGACUCCCAGCAGCACAGAUCCAACCCCCACAGUCUCUGCUUUCAGAGCAGAAAACCUGCCUUUGGCAGUAUUCCUGGUCACUCCACUGCAUUGUCUUCAUCAAAACGGCUGAGCUGAGAGAUCUGCUGCUUCAAGAGCAACGCUGCAUUCCUGCAACGAUUCCCUGCGGACUGAGUUUCUGCAUGACCUGCAUCCGCAGCUGCUGGCAGUACAAAACAACUUUCUCCAAGGCUUCUAGUUGUGUUUGGUUGAUGUAGUGGAUAACGUUAUUUGUGAAGAACUGAUGGUAAUUUGUCACAUGCUCUUUGAUACUGUUACCAUUAAUUGAAGAUUUUAUUGGUUUAAAAAUAUGGCUGCAACAUUGUUUUUAUAAAUUCUUGAUUUUAUGUGAAUGUGCACUCGAUUAUAGUGUAAAACUGAAAUAUGUUUGCAACAACUGUAAUUUUUCUUCUUGUUAGCAACUAGUUAAUAGUGAGAAUAUAGGGAUGAUAAUAAUAAAUGUUUCUUGAACAUCAAAU